GCAGGGCUAUGAUCACACACGGCGUUGAAGAGAGUGAGCACCGGUGGCCGCAUCCACAACCCGUGUGUCCAUUCAAAACAGUCGGCAUUGUACAAGUGCAAGUCACGCACACGGAUGUACUGGCCGUGAGGCAGUCAGGAUACUCUGUACAAGCAAUUUGAAAGAGUUAUAUUUGGAAGUUGAAGGGAUUACACUCGUAUGGAGUGAGUUGUGCCGGGAAAAAGGAAGCUCCAGUGAAAGCUGUCAUUGUUUGUAUCCAGUUGACAGUCGCAGCUAUGGGAACUGGAGCGCACGGUGCUGCUGCAGUAAUGGAGCUCAGCAGGGGAGAGGUGCCACUUUAUGGUCAGGUGGAGGUCUGUGUGAAGCUGGAGGUGUCGCUGAGUGUUCAGGAAGAAGCUGACUACUAUGUGGUCCUUGUGGGCUCGUCCCUUCACCAUGUAACCAAAGCUCACAGGGCUGAGGAUCAAGGCUCAGUUAAAUUCACUGUGCCUGGCCACGAUGUUCCAGAGAAAGUGUCUGUAGAGGUCUACUACUUUUCGAGGGACAGCAGGAGUCCCAUCAGCCUCCUCUGCAAUUCAGGACAGCUCUCUGUGGAGUACAUACGGGAUGAGGCACAAGAGGUGGCGGAGCAGCUCAUGAACCUGACAUCCAGCAGCUAUCAGGAUAUCCUAAGGAAAAUCUGCCCAGAGAAAAUGUUUUCAUCUGAGACUAACCAUUUAGACCAGACUGGCCAGCAUGGGACAGAUGGGGUUUGCGAUCCAAAGGAAUUAUUUCGAUUGGAAAGCCUAGCAGAACAGGGGCUCAAUAUUUGUGAACAGGGGAAUUUCAGCCAGAGAGAAGCCUUAGGAACAUCAGAGUUUAAUCCAGAGCACAGAUGCACAGUGGGACAACACAGUGCAGUUGAUGAAAAAAUCACACAGGCCCUGGCUAACUUGCACUUUCUGGGAUGGGACAGCCAAGCUGGACAGGAGAAGCAAGAUCUCCUUUCCAGGACAACGCCUCUACAUGUGGCCAUACAUAUGGGGUUCCCCCACCUCAGUCACUUCCUCCUUCUGGAGUCUGAAGGUCAGGGGAUGGUUCCCAUAGUCGACAAGGAAGGCCACAGUCCUCUCACGCUGGCUCAGAAGCACGGAGACCCGACGCUCAUCAGUGCUCUAACAGAUCCCUCGAGUUGCAGUGCGUGGAGGCCAGUGUGGAUGUGUCAGAUAUGGACAGACGGCUCUCACCAGCUUCGUAUCUGCCCUGUUACCGAAUCUAGUAGUCUGACUGUGAAAAACAGCACACAUAUAGAUGCACAGCACAGCAUCCAGCUGUACAGAGAGAAGAGCAGAGAGCCAGAUGCACUUGCAAGGGUGGGACGACUGAGUGAGCCGUCAGAAGAGAGCAUACACAGAUCUGAUGUAUGUGACACAGAUUUGAACAGCCAAUUGAGAAUCGAGGAUGAAGCCCUGGUGGAUAGUGUCUUUGAAGAACAGCUUGUUCUCUGUCUGGAUGAAGAGGACGAAGAUCUAAACACAUUUAACUCAGAGAAGCUGUGUUCCUCUCCUGGCUCCUGCACUCCAAUUCACCUUCAUUCCUCAGACGCUGCUGCCGUCAGACUCGCAGCCAUGCUCACAGGCUCCGCUAAGGACAGUGACCUCAAUAUGAAGUACGCUGUUUCAGGUGUCACAGAGGACAGCUCUGGGACAGAUAGUGGUGUGUGGCGAAUGUCAGAUACGGGGGUCUUGUCACCAGGGACUGUAGAUAUGCCUCCAGCUGUUAAAGAUGAUGAAGGGCAGAGAGGACGGCAACAUGCUUCUCAUUCUUUCUCUCCCACCUCCCCUGCGGGACUGAUGCUGGAUAGACUCAUGCGUGCCACACGACCUGCUGAAUUGACAUAUAACAGCUCAAGCUCACCUACAGAGUCAUGUGACCUAAGAAGUCCAAUCCUCUCUCUAAGCCCGAGUCUGGUGGCCUUGGAAAUGGACAGCGAAGAGGAUGAUGAUGAUGACAUUUUAAUGAAGAAGCCCCUCCCCCAGCCACAGCCUGAGCUCAAAAACAGCCCAGAUCAUCGGAUUAUGUUUAAGCCCGCCCCUGAUCUUACCUGCACACGUUCUCACUCCGCCUCCUCUGCCUGUAACCCCACCCCUGCAAAGGAUAUUGAGCAGGGCAUCCGUCUUCGUUCAUAUUCCUACACCUCUCCCAAAAUCAGCCUGCUGCCUCCACGAUUCAGUAGGGAUGCCCACCCUCCACCUACCGACCUCAACCAGGAUGGCGCCCUCUCCAGCAGCAGUGGCAGCAGGUCUCUACUACAGGCACUGUCUCUGUCUAAAUCUCUGUCUCUGCUCAACCCUGUUAAACAUCGUGCCUGCAGCACAUCAGAGCAGCCUCAAGAGAAAAGGGAGUUAAGGUUUCGUAGACGUGCUCAGUCGGCUGACGAUGAGACCAGCGCAGAGCUGGCCAACUCCCUCCAACACCUCACGCUGUCCGAAUUCCUCAAAGAGAUAGAGGAAGAGGAAUGGGACAAAUAUAUCAUCCCUUCCAAAACAGAGUCAGAAAAAUACAAAGUCAGUCGCACAUUCAGCUUUAUAAAGAGCCGAAUGUAUAGCACUCGCAACAAGAACAAGGGGAAAGGAAAAGAGAGAGAGACCAAAGACAAGCAGGUCAAUGGACAUCAGUUCACAGCAGGAUCUGUCCUGGGGUCGACACUUUGUGAGAUCUGCGGCAAGCCAGCUUCGGGGAAAGAGGUCUUCCACUGCGCAUACUGUGCAGUGAGUGUCCAUAAGGGCUGUAAGGACUCAUCUACUCCAUGCCUGAAGAAACCUCAAGACAAAUAUUCCGUUAUGACAGUAAAAAGCAGGACAGCCUCCCUUCCACAGAAUUUUAUAGUGCGUGAAAGUUCCUCCUCGUCCUCUCAGAUCCCCACCUCUGCCUCUCUUCCUGUGAUGACAUCACGAGACUCUACUCCCCUUCCUUGCCCUCUGUCUAGAAGUGUGCCUGCAGUCACAGAAAGGCUUAGUGGUAGCCCAGAAGCAGAUAGUGACGCCCCCCUGUGGCGGAGCCACAUCCAACCAGAGGAGCUCCUCCAAACCAUGGAGUCCUCAACAUCCACUGAUUCCUCCCUUAUUGAAGACUCUGUAGAUUCCCCCCUACAGAAUGAGCUUGUAAUAAAUGCUGUGGAUUUGGAGGCGGAGUCAUGGAGCCUAGCGGUGGAGCCCCAGUUCUGCAAGAUGCAAGAAAAACGCAUCAUCAAGAGACAGGAUGUCAUUUACGAGUUCAUGCAGACCGAGCACCACCACGUACAGACGCUCAUGAUAAUGGCGGAGGUCUUCAGGCGCGGAAUGCGGGAGGAAGUCGGGCUGGAUAUGGACACUAUUUGUCGGAUUUUCCCUUGCUUAGAUGAGCUGCUUCUCCUCCACCGUGAAUUCCUGUCAGCGAUGACGGAACGAAGGCAAAGCUGCGUUCAGCCCAACAGCAGCAAGAACUACCUCAUCCACCAUGUGGGUGACAUUUUUCUGCAACAGUUCUCCCAGGAGAAUGCAGAGAAGAUGAAGCAGGUGUAUGGCGAGUUUUGCAGUCGUCACACAGACGCGGUCAGCUACUUCAAAGAGCUUCAGCAGCAGAAUAAGAGAUUUCAGCUCUUCAUCAAACAACAGAGUAGCAACUUGUUGGUAAAGAGGAGAGAAAUCCCAGAAUGCAUUUUGUUAGUGACCCAGCGAAUUACAAAGUAUCCCGUCCUCCUGGAGAGAAUACUGCAUUAUACAGAGGAGGGCACCGAAGAGCAUGCUGACCUGUCUCGUGCACUAGUCCUGAUCCGAGAGCUGAUCUCCGCUGUGGACCAACGCGUGAGUCAGUAUGAGCAGAACCAGAAGCUGAGUGAGGUCCUGGGCCGCAUGGAGAACAAGUGCUCGACUAAACUCAAGAGCGGUUACACCUUCCGCAAGCAGGACAUCACCAGUGGCAGGGCUCUGCUGCACCAGGGACCGCUGCUCUGGAAGACGGCCACAGGAAGACUGAAAGAUGUUCUUGCGUUUUUGCUGUCUGAUUCAUUGGUAUUCCUUCAGGAGAAAGAUCAGAAAUACAUCUUUGCUGCUGUGGACCAGAAGCCUCCAGUGAUCUCUCUCCAGAAGCUGAUAGUGCGUGAGGUGGCCAAUGAGGAGAGAGGCAUGUUUCUGAUCAGUGCGUCUUCAGCUGGGCCUGAGAUGUAUGAGGUACACGCUGCUUCUAAAGAUGAACGCAAUGCUUGGAUGCGACUCAUCAGAGAGGCUGUGGAGAGUUGUCCUGAGGAGGAGGAUGAAACUACAAGUGAGUCAGAAGAGGAAAGGAGAGUCACGGAAGCAAAGGUCCAAAAGAUCCACAGGAUACAAGAGUCUUUGUGUGGCCACGAUAACCUCAUCUGUGCCAAUCUGGAGGAGAAGCUACACAUCUAUGCCGAGCUGUCAGUCAUGGCUGGACGACGUGAGACAGGACCAGAGCCCAGACUGCUGGUGCGGCCCAGCACUGAAGACAUCCCUCAGGCUGGAGUACUGCUCAGUGCUGCUCUUAAAGAGGCGGAGAACCUGAAAGCAGCCCUAUCUUCUCACUGUGCUUCUACUGCCGCUGUCCCGUCUUGUCCAGAAGAGCAGACCCAACCUGAGCCUAGCUCUCCCUCCUCCCCUCUACCCCCUGAGAACCAGAGUCCACUGAUGGACCCCGUCCAGAGGGAUGAGGAAGAGUGGAGAGGAGAGGAAGGCUUAGAAACACAGGCCUUUAAUCACAGCUCAGAUGCUGACCACAAUAUACACCUAAAGGUGAGUCAGAGUGUGCAGAGCUUGACUCAGCUGCUAUACAGUCUACAGGCCGCAGUCACCAUCCAAGACAGUUGCUAUGAAGUCCAGAGGCUCCUCCUCCUCCUGUUAUCAAGCCCCUCCCCUCACCCACACUCCCGCCCACUGCCCAUCACUCGCAGCAACCAGACCCUGCAGGAGCAGGAGCGCCAGCGGGAGGCGGAGCGCCGACGAGAGGAGCUGGUGGAUGUGGCCCGUCUACGGGGCACACUGGUACGAGAGAGGCAGCAGUGGGAACGUGAGUGCCAGGUGCGACAGCUUCAACAGUCUGAGGUGGAGGCUUCACUGGAGCAGAGGGAGCAGGUGUGCCACCUAGAGGAGGGGAGGCUGCAGAGCGAGCGACAGGAGCUCCAAGAGCAGCUACAGGAGUACCAGCAAAGCCUGGAGAGGCUGCGAGAAGGCCAGAGGGCUGUGGAAAAGGAGAAGGAGAAGCUGGAUGCUCAGCGGAGGCUGUUGGAGAGUUUAAAGCAGGGCUACCAGCAGAACCUGCCAGCUAUGGUCAUACCAUUGGAUGGACAGCAGACACAGGAUGCGGGUCACCAUCACCUGAGUGGUCAGGACGAGCGUGGAUCCAUUUUUGUGAAUGAGGCAGCAUUUAUGUCUCCCUCCAUGAACAACAGGCACAUUCAUCUUCAACACCAUCCACACCGUCAUCAUCAGACUGUCCACCUGCACUCAGGAUACUCGGAUUCUCCCAGUGCUCAGAACAGUCUCAAUUCACUCCUGGCACGAUCCAACCACAGACAGAGCUCUGCUGGAGUAUCCGAUGCUCCUGCAGGACAUGAGAGCUGGACUGGAGAAGCAAUGUACUCGACCCCUCUGAGAAGUCUAACAGAGAUCCCAAACAAUGGUAAUGUUUUUACAGAAAUCACUAGUAAAUGGGCAGGAUGAGGAGUCUUAUGUUGCAGUUCGAGUAACUGUUAGGGUUUGUUCUUCUUCAUUUUUUGCUGCACAUUCCCCACCCCCU